CCUGUGUGUCGCGUCGCACGGUGGCUUGCAAGGGAAGCAGGAAGGCACCUGGAGGGAACCGGUGUGAGGGGAGCGAAGGGCUUGGGCUGCAUGCGGGUAGGAGCCGCUCCACUCUGAGGCCCCAGCUCCUCCAGGUCGGCCUCGGUUGCUGUGUUCGCCCGCCCACAUGGCCCUGAGAGGCGUCUCCUCGCGGCUGCUAAGUCGCGGACUUCCCCUGCUCUUCCUGCGCACUUGGGGCUCCGCAGCGGCGGUGACUGAGAAGGGCGGGAAGACACAGAACCGACCCGCCAAAUCCUUGCGUCCCGAGUUUGACUGGAGGGAUCCGCUGGUACUGGAGGAGCAGCUGACCGCUGAUGAGAUCCUCAUCAGGGACACUUUUCGCACCUACUGCCAGGAGCGCCUCAUGCCCCGCAUCCUGCUGGCCAAUCGCAACGAAGUUUUUCACCGGGAGAUCAUCUCGGAGAUGGGGGAGCUUGGUGUUCUGGGCCCCACUAUCAAAGGGUAUGGCUGUGCUGGAGUCUCAUCUGUGGCUUAUGGGCUCCUGGCCCGGGAGCUGGAGCGGGUGGACAGUGGCUACAGGUCAGCGAUGAGUGUCCAGUCUUCUCUUGUCAUGCACCCCAUCUAUGCAUAUGGCAGCGAGGAGCAGAAGCAGAAGUACCUGCCCCGGCUGGCCAAAGGGGAGCUCCUGGGCUGCUUCGGGCUCACAGAGCCCAACCAUGGGAGUGACCCUGGCAGCAUGGAGACCAGAGCCCGCCAUAACCCAUCCAGCAGGAGCUACACUCUCAAUGGGGCCAAAACUUGGAUCACCAACUCGCCUGUGGCCGACCUAUUUGUAGUGUGGGCUCGGUGUGAAGAUAACUGCAUUCGGGGUUUCCUGCUGGAGAAGGGGAUGCGGGGCCUCUCAGCCCCCAAGAUUGAGGGCAAGUUCUCCCUGCGGGCCUCAGCCACUGGCAUGAUUAUCAUGGAUGGUGUGGAGGUACCAGAGGAGAACGUGCUGCCCAAUGCCUCUGGGCUGGCGGGUCCCUUUGGCUGCCUAAACAAUGCCCGGUAUGGCAUCUGCUGGGGUGCUCUUGGAGCUGCUGAGUUCUGUUUUCACAUGGCCCGGCAGUACACUCUAGACAGGAUGCAGUUUGGUGUCCCAUUGGCCAGGAACCAGCUGAUCCAGAAGAAGCUGGCGGACAUGCUGACUGAGAUCACGCUGGGCCUUCAUGCCUGCCUGCAACUUGGACGCUUAAAGGAUCAAGACAAGGUCACCCCAGAAAUGGUCUCCCUGCUGAAGAGGAAUAACUGUGGGAAGGCUCUGGACAUCGCCCGCCAGGCCCGAGACAUGCUGGGGGGAAAUGGGAUUUCUGAUGAGUAUCAUGUGAUCCGACAUGCUAUGAACCUGGAGUCCGUGAACACCUAUGAAGGUACUCAUGACAUUCACGCUCUGAUCCUCGGAAGGGCAAUUACAGGGAUCCAGGCAUUCACGGCCAGCAAGUGAACACACUUCCCCCGGGGGGCUGGAUGGUGCUAAACCCCUUCCCAGGGAGCUGCGCUGCUCUGAGCUUACUCAGGGAGGUGGCAGAUGAAGCCAAAUUUUAUGGUGGGAGGUGAGACACUGAUUUUUAAAUUUCAAAAUUUCUCUUUUGAAGUCACUAAAAUGUACUCCUUUGGUUUGCGGCCCACACUCAAUCCAUUGAGCUACGCCAGCCAGGGCUAAAAUGUACUCCUUAAAAAGAAGAUGGGACUCUGUACCAGUUCCUCAAUCUACUUUUAACCAUGAAUGGGAACAGACUCCACUUACCUUGGAACCGAAGCUUCUCUUCAUGGGGAGCACGGAGAGGAAAGAGAGUAACACAGAAGCAACCUCUGUGAGACCUGACCUGGUGUCUGACCGAACCACCCCAGCUUGAGUUCCCUGUGUGCCCUCUGACCCUCCCAUCUGGGGGAUAAGUGCCUUAUGCUGGACUUGGCGGCAGAAUGAAGCGGGGAAAGAGGAUUAAAUAAAGAGUCUGCAUGUCUGACCUUCA